CACAUAAAGAAAAUCAAAUUUAUGUCAAUAAACAAAAAUCACUUUAUUUAUUCAUAUUUUCUUAACGAAAAUAAACCUGUUAAAACUCUGGUUCUAAUUUAUAAAAAUGACAAACAACGAAUAUUUUGAACAUCUCCAAAAAAAUUUGGAGGAGCUAUUUAAUGGAAAAAUUGGAUUCUACAAGUUUCAAAGAACGGAUAUACAAGCUAAACCGAAUAAAUACAUAGAACUACUGAAAGGCUUUAACAAUUACCAUUUCUGUGUAACAUUUCCAUAUGCUGGAAAAUCAUUAAAUUGGGAAAUUAUUUUUGAUCCAGAAGAUAUCAGGGAAUUGCCAGAUUUUGAUUUUAACGACUACUCUUUUCUGCCUGAACCUGAUGUUAAUUAUAUAGCUGACAAUAUUCCAAGUUGGGAUAAAUGGGAUUUAACUAAUUCUAGAGCUAUGUUGAAUAUUUUGAAUGAGUUCUUAGUUAUGUAUAAAAGAGCACAGGUGGAGAAACUACUGAACCACAAUAAGUAUUUGAAUAUAAGGAAACAAUAUGAAGAUUUACUUCAAUCGUUGAAUCUACCUGAGGACAAAAUAGAAGUAUAUAUUGAGAGUGAUGUGGAUCAUUCACGUGAAGAUUCAAUUGGUAUAAACUUUAACAUGUAUUUACCAAUUGACUUCAGUGAUUUACCUGAAUAUUACCAAGAAGAUUUUAAUGAACUUUUAAAUCCUGGAGAAGAUUUUGCAAGUUUAAAUGUCAUGAAAAAGCUAGAUAAUGCUAGCACUAAAGUCUUUUUGUUGUUAUCUCCUCGAGCUGAACAGGUUUUAGGUAAAAUGAAAUUACCCAAAUUUCACAAGGACGCAACUUUAGCAGAUUAUGCUUUAGAUGUUCGAAAUACCAUAGAGGAACAAAUAAAACACAUAUCAGAACAGCAUAAAGCAAAAAAUCUUUUUGUAUCUACGUUAGUUGAAAAAUUUUCAAGUGGCAUUGUUGAAUAUGACACCACACGUUUCUCUAAGGUCUGUUUUAUUUAUGAAGAUUGUGAAGAUUAUGACUGCUUAGUUACCGUUACUCUAGGUGCAAAGUUUCCAAAUGAAAGGCCGAAGGUGCAGUUGCAUUCAAUCUAUUGCCAAUUAGGACGUUAUUGUAACAGUAAUAUGUCAUUUUCCUAUGAUUCUGAAGCACCCACUGAACACAACGUGAGAAGUCUAAAAGACUCUCUAAAAGCAGAAACUUUAUUAUUUAAAGAUCAUAAGCACUAAAUUACCCCAAAAGUUACAUAUUUAUUACUAACACUUGUAAAUGUUCCAAAUAUACUUUUUUGUUAAUUCA